AUAAUUUAGCAAAUAGAAAUCCAACGCGGUGAAUGAAACCCAGACUUAAACUCAAAUGUUAUCAUCCAAAUAUUCUUUUCGUCAAUAUGAAAAAUAAUAGAUAAUAUGAAUUUUAUUGCUAUGCAUUGGCAAUGUCAUUUGUUUACGUCACAUGUAAAUGUAACAUCAGGUCAUUUUCAUAGUUUUACUGGACUUUGUGUAGCAUAAUGCUGGACGUGUAAAUGAGGUGUAACAUUGUGAAGAAUAAUUGCAUUUGUUUGUCCUUGCACUACAAAUCGUUGAGCACUAACGGAGCAUGAUACCGUGCAACUAAUUUUAGUGUUACAUUUUUACCUCCAACUUGUCUUUGAUGUUUCGACAUUGACAGACAUGUCGUUGCAGCAUUAAAAGUUGUGUCGAUGGGUGUACAAAAGGAAUUUAUAAAUUAAUUUAACCCAUAAUAUCCAUCCUUCGUACAAUGUAAACAUAAAUUUACUCAAUUACUUUUUUUUUAUUAUUAAAGUAAAGGUAAUUAGGACUUUUAAUAUUCCAUGCAGAUGUUAGUUUAUCUAUGGGAACUAAAAUAUUUGUGUUUGGUUUUUAAUAUCUGCGUUUACCCUUUAAUUCAUCAUCUCCAUCAACUUUAGAGCUGUUUUGGAACUUGCGUGAGUGAUAUACACUGCAGGGGAAGAUGUUACGAGAAUUAUGAUUUUUUAGAGAGAGAGAGAGAGACAGGCCAAUGAGUGCAGUAGUGGUAUUCUAAGAGAACGCACGAGCUUAAUUAAAAAACAUAAUUCAGCAGGAUUAUCAACAUUGCAAUAAACAUUUUGCCGAUGCACUCAUGAGAAAAAUUCCAUGCAAACAUUGAUUAUACAAUCGAUUUAUGUAAAGUUUUGACCAGCUGUGUAAUUCGUCAUGAAAUUUAUGCAUUUGGGAUGCAAUGAAAUACCAAUGUUUUUCAAUCUUUUUUAAAAAAUUUAUUAUUCAUUAGUGUGUGUGACAUUAUCAUGACUGCCAUAUAUGUUGUUCUGUAGCUAAAAAUAACUUUAAUAAUUGCAUCAUUUAGAGUAUGUGUUUUUUUGUUUUUGUUAAUUUGAACGAAUUUUGCAAGAUAACUUUUUCUUAUCAACUUCAUAUUUUUCAAAAGACACAAAUACGUGACAUCCUGACGGUGUGACCUUUUGACACUUGUUUGACGAAAACCGCGGAGGGGUAGUUGACAGGAUAGAUUGGAAGGGACGUACAUUACGUCACAUUCGCAGGCACGCCAACAACUCACAACACCCAAGGGUAUGGAUUUAGUUUUUUUUAAAAAACCUUCUGAGAAAAUAAUUCCAUCUGUAUCAUGCAAGUUUGUGCGUCAUUCAACUUUCCUGCAGUUCAGCGUUUGUGUACGUGCUAAGAAACAUUGGUCAUACAAAGAAAUGGAACUUUUUUUACCCCAUAGGUGUGUGACGAGAUAGUUAAGUAAUAUGUGUGUGUGUAUUUUUUUUUUUUCAUAGGAUGUCCAAGUUUUUACUUUGUCAUUGUUAUCUGGUCGGAUUACAGAUGGAUGGCCAGCCAUGCCAUUCUUGUAUUUAGAUACUGCACAACUGUAUCUAUUUAAUUUAAGGAUGAUAAGAUAAGGCGAGUGAUAAGCUCUCACAAAAUCCGUCACAAGGGAGCACUACUAAGAAUCGUGUGAGAAGACUUUAAGGUACACUGGAACAAGAGCUUGUAUGUGAACAAUGAAGAAUUGUUCUGCGCUUGCUAUUUUUAUUGUACUUUUGACAGCAUUUAAAAGUCUGUCUGCAGCUGAAACACCAAGUAAUUCAACUGCAUCAACCAUUCCAUCCUCGGAUACUUCGACUGCAUCAACCUUUCCAUCCUCGGAUACUUCGACUGCGUCAUCCUCUCCAUCUUCGAAUACUUCGACUGCGUCAACCCCUCCAUCUUCGUCAUCUUCAAUUGCAUCAUCCGAAACCACCUCUCAGAUGUUCCCGAGCACUGAAUCAGCGUCCGAAUCCACAGAUAACCCGGCAAAGGGCAUCAAGAUCCUACUCACCAACGACAUCGAGUAUAACUUAUUUCCUUUGCACCGCGAGAACAGUUCGCUGUGCUCCGACACCAUUGCUGACGAAACGCAAACUGAUGCAGACUGCAUAGGCGGCCUGCGCCGGCUGGUGGGAUACGUGGACGAACACUCCGGUGACUACCAUCUGGUGGUGGAUGCCGGGAACAUCGCUGGACCCACCCUCUUCCCGCGCCUCAAGUUCAACCCCUUGACUCGGGCCGUGGAGCGGCUCAACUUUACCGCAAUGGCCGUGGACGCUGAGCUGCUGGCGUACGGCACGGACGCGAUGCAGCGAGGGUUCCUCGGCGCGGCCGCCGUUGCGGUGGCGGCCAACCUGGCCGUGGGCUCCGAGGAGCUGCCCAAGUCCAGGACCGUCGCCUGGGAGCAGCGGUGCGAUGUGGCCAUCAUAGGGGUCGUCGGCCGCGGCAGAGUCGACGAGCUGUCCGUGCCCGGAGUCAACGCCAGCGACGAGGUGUCGGCGGUCGAAGAGGAGUUGGCGCGUCUGGCCAAGGGCGGCUCGGAGGCAGGGAGGCUCAUCACCAUAGUCGUGGGAAACAUCAAUGAAUCCACAACGGAAGCUAUUGCAAAUAUAAGUGGAGUUGACGUGGUCAUAUUCAGUGGAGGAAGUGUAUCAGACUCGCUUGCGGAGAUCGGCAGUUUGCCCAACGUCACGCGCCUCGGUAGCGCCUACCUCGUCACGAUGCAGCGCAGCGCUCACUUCCCCUUCGUCCUGGGCGACCUGGAGCUCGUGUUGGACUCGGACACCGGCUGCACGCUGGCCGGCGUCAAGUUGGAGCCCUUGGACUACUCCACGUACAACCAGACGGGCGACGCGGCGGUGGAGGAGCUGGAGAGGGCGGGCGCGGCGCGGCUGCGCCAGAUGACGGGCCAGAGGCUGGCGACGGGCGUGGCGGCGGUCCCGGGCGCCGGCUGCCCCGCCGGGGAGUGCGCGCUGGGCGACCUGGUGACGGACGCAGUGGUCACCCAGCUGAUGGCCCAGGAACAGAGCGCCCCGCGGCUGGCCCUCUACCCCGGCCGCGGCUUCCGCAACAACACGCAGCUGCCCGUGGACAUUACGGGCACGGCGGUCGAUGCGCUGUUCGAGAGAGACGACUUCCUGUAUUCCCUGUCCCUCCCAGCGCCGUGGCUGAAGAGCUUGCUGGAAGAGUCGGUGGCCGACGGGAACGAAUCAGACUUCCUCCAGAUAUCAGCUCUGAUGUCGGUGGAGUUCGACCUCGGCCGGCCGGCGGGCAGCAGGGUCGCCAACGUAGGGGUGGUGUCGGGUGAUACCGUCGCCUUCUCCCCGGUCAACCUGACAGACGACGCGGCCAAUUACAGCGUGGCCGUGUCGGCGAGCCUGUUGUGGAGCCACCCUGCCUUGCAGGACGCAGCGCGCACCUUCCACCUGCUGUCGGUCAGCGAGGCGGUGAAGGCCCACGUGCUGCGCGCCGGAGUGCUGGUGGUGGCGCCCGCGAGCGGCCGGGUCACGUACGUCGCCCCCAGCCCCACACCCACGCCCUCGCCCGCGCCCACGGUGGCGCCCGUCACGGCCACCUGCCACGACGGCACCGCCUCCACCGUCUUCAUCACGCUCCUGGUGACGACGGCGUGCGUGGCGGGCGGGGUGCUGUUCUGGCUGUACGCCCUGCCGAGGAUAAGCCUGCUCCGGGCGAGGAGGGACUCCUCCCUCCCCCUGGUGGUGCACUACUGAGCCCCGCGCCUCCCGGGGAGUUCACACUGGCAGCGGCUGGACACUCGCAUCGCUCGUCGCUGGAGGAACACACAUAUAUAUAUUUACAUUAAUGUACAGCAAAGGGUCCUUAAUCCGGCAUUCUAUGGUUCGGCACAUUCUGUAAACCUGUAUUCUAUGGUUCGGCACAUUCUGUAAACCUGCAUUCUAUGGUUCGGCACAUUCUGUAAUCCUGCAUUCUAUGGUUCGGCGCAUUCUGUAAUCCGGCAUUCUAUGGUUCGGCGCUUUCUGUAAUCCUUCAUUCUGUGGUUCGGCGCAUUCUGUAAAUCUUCAAUCUAUGGUUCGGCACAUUCUGUAAUCCUACAUUCUAUGGUUCGGCACAUUCUGUAAACCUGUAUUCUAUGGUUAGCGCAUUCUGUAAACCUGUAAUCUAUGGUUCGGCACAUUCUGUAAACCUGUAUUCUAUGGUUCGACACAUUCUGUAAUCCGGCACCGAUCGAGCUGCUCAAGUUCAGAUUUUGUUGUGGUGUUUUCCUGCUGUUAUCCUUCAUUGCCAGGUCGUAUUAAAGGUCCGUCCACGAUUGCAAUGUCCUAAAUUGUGUCCGACUGGCCCACGUGACCCUCUUACACCACGCGUGGUGUGAGCAGUGGUCCAAACGUCCCUGGUCCCAAUACAUUGGUCGACUUGAACUUUCUGUUCCCAAUCUGUGUCCUCUCGUAGCAUAGAAGAAGAAGAACACUAGUGAUAUUUUGCUGUUUCCGGUUCCCGGUUUCACAGAAAACAACAAACGAUGCGGUAGGUACAGAAGCCAAGAAGACCAAGACAAAAUGUUGAUUAGGUCUGCCCGUUAGCGACCGGUGUCUUUGAAAGGCAGAACACCUGAAUUUAUUUUUGGCAGUGUGAUUAGAAUUCGUGUAUUAGCAUUUACUUUUUCCUUACCUACCUAAUAACUAAUAUUAUUGAACUCUUGCAACUUUCACAAGUUAAUUUGAUAUAUUCAAAACUAAGCUGCGUACUCAUUUACAAUGCAUAAAAACAAUAAAACAAUCAAAAAAACACCUAAUUAGUCACUCUAUGUUUAUUGCGCUCUUAGUGACUAAUUUAGAAAUCGGUGCAUUUGGUCAUCGGACAUCGCAGUUGUGGACAGGGCAGUUUUCUUUGCGUCAAAGUGACGUCACUCACACUAGGACAAGGGGACAGACCGCCUGCAGGUUAGGACUGUUGUAAUGGGCCUGUGUGACUGUCUAUUUCAAUUUCUGUUCAGUGUUUCCUAUUUUCCAGCAGGUUGCAUUUCACAUUCCGCAUUUCCACUUUCGGUAUUCCUGUUACAACUGUACGUACGUUCAAUAGUCCACCGAAAUUUGCUCGUCCAACGUGGCUGUGGUCCCAAACAUAUCGGAUUAAAGACCUUUUACUUAUAUUUGUUUCAUUUAAAUGUAAUUUUUUUUUAAUACUCUCAGACAAAGAACAUAAUGAUUAAAUGAGGUAAUAUUACAAGUAUUAUCACCCAUAAGUGUGCUCUGAAAGUGAUUUAUUCAAUCCAAAAUUGUUUUGCACUUUAACUAAGUAUUUUUUUAAUGUUGGCUUUUCCAUGCGAUGGAAUAUUAUUCACGUGGCUGAAGUGUUUGUAGACAAAUUUUAGCUCAUUAUUUGAAGGGCUGAAUUAAUGAUUUAGCCAAAUGAGGGAAAAUAAUAUGGCUCAGAACUGCCAUAAUUAAAAUCUACAGGACUGCAUGUGUUAUAGUGAGAUUAAAAAAACAAAUCAGUGGUGUAAAUUGUUCUUUUUUUCAAUUAACUAAACUGUUCACAGUAAAAAAAAGUGUAACUUCUGUUCUGGUGCUUAAGAUGAAUGUAUGUACAUAUAAAUAUUCUAUAAACCUACUUAAAACUUAAGAAAGUUAGUAAGGGAUGGGGGCGACAUUUAUUUUUGUCUCAAACGAAAAAUUAUGUUGAAUAUUUAGUUUUUACUCCUUUUGUGCAAAUCUCAUAUAAACCUUAUAAGAAAAUUGCAGUUAUCCAUAUUAUUGUAAAAUAUGAAAAACUUGUUUUGUUUGGGUUUUAGAGCAAGAUGAUAAUCACAGUCAUCUGUGUGUGUUUGUGUUUGUUACCAAUGUGUUGUUCUGUCAAGUAAAUAAGUGAAGAUGAUAAAUAAACUCUUAAAGUACUUA